UGAGCGCGGCGUGGCGGGCGGGCCAUGGCGGCGGGGUUGGAGGAGGCCUUCGGCGCGGCGGGGGAAUUCGGCGGCGCGCAGCGGCGCCUCACCGCUCUGCUGGUGCUGCUGCAGGUGUACGUGGCGUGUCAGUCCGUGCUCGUUGUGCUGGUCGGCGCGGUGCCCCAGUACCGCGUGGAGCGAAUGGCGCCUGCGGCCGGCGGGGCUCAGCGCGUCCGCUUCAUGAGCAACUUCACCUCCAUCGUGACCGAGUGGUAUCUAAUUGAACAAGAAGCCUACAAAGUGAGCCUUGCAUCAUCUCUGUUUUUUGCUGGAUUGCUUAUUGGAAAUAUCACAUUUGGCCCUUUGUCAGAUAAACUGGGCAGGAAACCAGUGUAUAUCUCAGGUCUAUUUUUUGAUAUUAUUUUUGGGUAUGUCACAGCAUUAGCUCCAAAUUAUGGCAUAUUUGCAGUUUCACGUUUUCUUGUUGGAAUUGUGAAUGGUGGAAUGGCUCUUGUGUCUUUUGUCCUGACACAAGAAUAUGUAGGAAAAUCAUUUUGGUCAUUUACAGGUUCGUUAACUAAUCUGAUGUUUGCAGUGGGCAUAGCUGUGUAUGCUUUACUGGGUUACUGUGUACGAGAGUGGCGCUGCCUGGCAUUGGUGUCCAAUACUCUGGGAGUCAUCUUCUUCCUUCUUUCUUUCAUGCUUCCAGAGUCACCUCGAUGGCUGUACUCCCAAGGGAAAACUGCAGAAGCUGAAGAUGUGAUGCAAUAUAUUGCCCUUGGUAAUGGAAAAGAAAGAUUAAAUCUGAAAUUAAAACCAAGCGCAGGAACUUUGCGGAAGGACGAAUCACCCCCUGGUAUCCUACACUUAGUAAAACACCCAGUCCUUCGGUGGCGAACCGUCGUCCUCAUGUACAUCUGGUAUGUCUGCAGCUUUGUAUACUAUGGGCUAACUUUAAAUGCUGGUGAAUUAGGAGGAAAUCUUUAUUUAAAUGUUGCUCUUUAUGGUCUUGUGGAAGUUCCGGCCUUUCCACUCUGCAUGUUCUUUAUUGAGAAAUCUUGGUCUGGAAGGCGUAAAACUAUGAUGUGGUUUCUGAUAUUUGCAGGAUUUGCCUGUAUAUUUACCAUGUUCUUGCAAAAAAAUGCUGUUGUAUUUCAAACCAAGAGCAGCAGUGAUGUGAUGACAAAGUAUGCAUCUGUGGGUUGUGUUUAUCCUCAGCAGAUGUGAAUGCUGUCUGGCACCCAUUUCAAAUUGAUCUCAGAAAAGUCUACAAAAGAAAAGCAGUGAGAGAGAAAAUAUGUUAUAAUCCUAUUUCCCAUGUUUGUGUUAAUUCACAUCCUCAGACACUCCAUUGUUUCUGGUACUGAGACCAUUUCUUCCUUGUUUGCUGUUUGCACUAUAGAAAAAAAAUGAUGAAAAGCAGUCAUCGCUUAUCAGGAUGGGGCAGUAAUUCUUGAAGGGUUGCUAAGUUUCAGGAAAACUCCUUUCUUAAGGGAGUCUACUUGAAUGCCAUUACAGUGUCUUACUUUGUUUUGUGGUAAAGCUGGUUCUUGGCACAGAGUGCUCUGUGUCACUCAAGCAGAAAGACAGUCAGCUCUGGGAGUGAUGACAGUGAGGCACUUCUGUGGAUGCAGUGAGGUUUCAAUAGAAAUGAACAUCAGACUGGAAGAUGGUGAGGGGAUGUAAUGCUACUUUCAGAAGUUGUUGUACAACAGGAAGGAUCUUUAAUUUUGUGCCUGUUUUUGUAGUGAAGUAAACAAAGCGAACUUCUAGCUGGGUAACGUACUUAGAUUUACCUGGCUGUACUGAAUGUACAGUUGUUACCUCUCGUGAUUUUUCAAUGAUAGCUUUCCACUGAAGGAAGAAAACUUCCAGCUUCUUAAACCUGUUUUUUCCUAGCUUUGGUUGAUGUUGGAUAGUUCCCUUUUUGCUGAGAACUACCCUUUCUUGGUGGGAACUUUUUUCUGCAGUAAAUGUGAAGGUUCCUUUAAUUCCUUGCGUGCUGCUUAAGUGAACUUUUUUUCUCAUGAAGAUGACAGCCAGAAGAUGAAUCUACAUAAUGGCACUCCAAAUUAGGCUCCUAAUGACACUGGUAGCAUCAAAGCUAAUCACUGCCUAACUCCAGUUCUACAAGCUUUUAAAUAUCAGCACUGUUCUUGCCAUUUUGCCCCAUUUUACCAUCUUAAGUUCCACAGGUCAAUUAAUGCAAGAAUAUAUGUAAAAUUAUACCUCAACAAGAAGUGCAAAUGCUUGAAUUUAAUAAGAACGUACAACUUGGUCUUUUAUUAAAGUUCAAAAUGGUUGCCCCAGCAGGCAAAAUGGUGUGCAUGCUAUUGUUGCUGGAAGUUCAAGUGAAAGGAUAUUAAAUGAAAUGUAAUAAUAAAGAUGCAACUGUUAAAGAAGCUGCACUGAAACACUUGAGUGGACCUAGCAAAUUGCUUUUAAAUGGUCACCAGAAUCCCCACGAGAGCAAGUGCAUUCCUGCUUUAUGCUGUUACAGAUGAAGACAAAAUAUUGGAAUGUUGGUAAAUGCACACUCCAAGGCUGAGGAGGAGCAAUCACUGUCCGAGCUUACUGACAUCAGGAAGCUGAUGUGCAGUGUGCUUCUAAUCCUGCAGUAAUUCCCCAGCAGACAGCCAGCAGCCUCCCCUUUGGGGAGUGAGUGUGGAGAGGAAAGUGCACUUUAAAUUCACUCCUGAGCUUCUGAGUGCCAAUUUCUCUGUCUAGACAGACUCUUCUGUUUUGCUAAUAAGACCAGAACUUCCCAAAUGCACUAAUGCUCUUCUAAUACAUAUGGAUAUACAGCAUUCAAUCUAAGCCCCCUUUGGGAGAGAUGCAGUAAGUUUUAAAACACAUUUACGAGUCUGUUCUUGAUUGCUCCUUAUUUGGUUGAUGAAAGAAGAGAGAGGUACCCACUUCCUGGUGGCACUUGGCAGACUCACACUUUGCAUCUGGUCACUGUGUACCAUAAUGCAGUUCUGGAUUACAGAGAAAAGGGAAUAGAAUUGGAAAUAUUGAAAAGCAAAAUUACAGAGAAGUAAUUGAGAAGCAAUGUGACUUCUGCAUUACUUAGGUGAAGUGCACCUAAUUGGAGCAUUUAUCCUUCUUCAUGCUUAACAGAAAUAAAUAAAUUCCCUGCUCAUUAAAAAGAAUGGUGCAAAUGGAACCAUAUCCAAAGUCAAAGUAACUGGGAUUUGAAAAGAUCCACAGCCCGAUUAAGUCAAUUGAAGGUUAGGUACAAGUAAACCAGGCUGCAUUAGCAUCCAUUCUUCAUAAUUACAGAGCUGCUGCAUCUAAAGGAUGCACAGGUUGUCACUGGGGAGCAAAUAAGCUUUUGAGAUUAAUCAAGUUGUACUGUAUUAAUUUAAUAAAUUAGUCAGGGAACACUUAUUGUCUGCUUGUGCUUGUCAAUAGAUGCAAUUACCUGGCAAGGUUUUCUAACUGCAGAGCUGGAAGCUUUAUCGCCUUGUUUCAGAGCUGUAAUGAUUUUAGCGUUCACUCCCCCCAAAAUUGAGGAGACGAUCUUGAUCUUAAACGUGAUUUUAUGUAUUCAUUUUUGUUCUAGCUUUUAGGACAGCUAGGAAGCAACGAGGGGUUCUUAUUUGUGUGUGUAGUUGAAGAAACAGAUGAAACUUUGUUGUUGUGUGAAAGUCUCUUGAAAAAAGGAUAGAAUGCUUUCAGCAUUGUGUAAAAAGGAAACAGACUACUUACACUUAUUGUUUAUUUUCUUUUUUCU